CUUUCCUGAAAGGAUUAUUGACUCUUUUUGCUACUACAUAAAUGAAAAUUGUUCAUUUGUACUUAAUGUUCAUUUCAAUUUAAAAAAAAAGAAGCCUGGUUGCUGAUUUUUAUAAAAUGUGCUCUUAAAGUGUUUAUCAAAAGAAACUAUGUUCCAACUUCCUGUCAACAAUCUUGGCAGUUUAAGAAAAGCCCGGAAAACUGUGAAAAAAAUUCUUAGUGACAUUGGGUUGGAAUACUGUAAAGAACACAUAGAAGACUUUAAACAGUUUGAACCUAAUGACUUUUAUUUGAAAAACACUACAUGGGAGGAUGUAGGACUGUGGGACCCUUCACUUACAAAAAACCAGGAUUACCGGACAAAACCUUUCUGCUGCAGUGCUUGUCCGUUUUCUUCAAAAUUCUUCUCUGCCUACAAAAGUCAUUUUCGGAAUGUUCAUAGUGAAGACUUUGAAAAUAGGAUUCUCCUUAAUUGCCCCUACUGUACCUUCAAUGCAGACAAAAAGACUCUGGAAACACACAUUAAGAUAUUUCAUGCUCCAAACGCCAGCGCACCAAGUAGCAGCCUCAGCACUUUCAAAGAUAAAAGCAAAAAUGAUGGCCUUAAACCCAAGCAGGCUGAGAGUGUAGAGCAAGCUGUUUAUUACUGUAAGAAGUGCACUUACCGAGAUCCUCUUUAUGAAAUAGUUAGGAAGCACAUUUACAGGGAACAUUUUCAGCAUGUCGCAGCACCUUACAUAGCAAAGGCAGGUGAAAAGUCACUCAACGGUGCAGUCCCCCUGGGCUCCGGCGCCCGGGAAGAGGGUAGUAUUCACUGCAAGCGAUGCCUUUUCAUGCCAAAGUCCUAUGAAGCUUUGGUUCAGCAUGUCAUCGAAGACCACGAACGCAUAGGCUAUCAGGUCACUGCCAUGAUCGGGCACACAAAUGUGGUAGUUCCCCGAGCCAAGCCUCUGAUGCUCAUCGCUCCCAAACCCCAAGAGAAGAAGGGCCUGGGACUCCCGUCGAGAAUCGGUCCCCUUGCUUCCGGAAGUGUUAGGUCGUUGCCAUCGCAGCAGAUGGUAAACCGGCUCUCAAUACCAAAGCCUAACUUAAAUUCUACAGGAGUCAACAUGAUGUCCAAUGUUCACCUCCAGCAGAACAACUACGGCGUCAAGUCCGUAGGGCAGGGCUAUGGCGUUGGUCAGUCGAUGCGGUUGGGGCUGGGUGGCAACGCCCCCGUGUCCAUUCCUCAGCAGUCGCAGUCUGUGAAACAGUUGCUUCCCAGUGGAAACGGAAGGUCCUACGGGCUGGGGGCGGAGCAGAGGUCCCAGGCCCCGGCCAGGUACUCGCUGCAGUCGGCCAACGCCUCCGCGCUCCCGGCAGGCCAGCUCAAGUCCCCUUCCCUCUCCCAGUCGCAGGCCUCCCGAGUGUUGGGCCAGUCCAGUUCCAAACCAGCCGUGGCCGCCACGGGGCCGCCCCCGGGCAACACUUCCUCGACCCAGAAGUGGAAGAUCUGUACGAUCUGUAACGAGCUUUUUCCGGAAAAUGUCUACAGCGUGCACUUCGAGAAAGAGCACAAGGCGGAGAAGGUCCCGGCGGUCGCGAACUACAUUAUGAAGAUCCACAACUUCACUAGCAAAUGCCUGUACUGCAACCGCUACUUGCCCACCGACACCCUGCUCAACCACAUGCUGAUUCACGGGCUGUCCUGCCCCUACUGCCGCUCGACCUUCAACGACGUGGAGAAGAUGGCCGCCCACAUGCGGAUGGUUCACAUCGACGAGGAGAUGGGCCCGAAGACAGAUUCCACGCUGAGCUUCGACCUGACGCUGCAGCAGGGCAGCCACACCAACAUCCAUCUCCUGGUGACCACGUACAACCUGAGGGACGCCCCUGCCGAGUCCGUCGCCUACCAUGCCCAGAACAACCCGCCGGUCCCUCCAAAGCCACAGCCCAAAGUCCAGGAAAAGGCAGACGUCCCCGUUAAAAGUUCCCCUCAAGCUGCAGUGCCCUAUAAAAAAGAUGUGGGGAAAACCCUCUGCCCGCUCUGCUUUUCGAUCCUGAAAGGACCCAUCUCUGAUGCACUUGCCCAUCACUUGCGAGAGAGGCACCAGGUGAUUCAGACAGUUCACCCGGUGGAGAAGAAGCUCACCUACAAAUGCAUCCAUUGCCUUGGCGUGUAUACCAGCAACAUGACGGCCUCGACCAUCACCCUGCAUCUGGUUCACUGCAGGGGUGUGGGAAAGACCCAGAACGGCCAAGACAAGGCGGCCGCCCCCUCCCGGCUUAAUCAGUCGCCGGGCCUGGCACCCGUGAAGCGCACUUACGAGCAAAUGGAAUUCCCCUUGCUGAAGAAGCGGAAGUUGGAGGAUGAUCGCGAUUCCCCCAGCUUCUUCGAAGAGAAGCCCGAGGAGCCCGUUGUCUUAGCUUUAGACCCUAAGGGUCACGAAGACGAUUCCUAUGAAGCCAGGAAAAGCUUCCUCACAAAGUAUUUCAACAAGCAGCCCUAUCCUACCCGGAGGGAAAUUGAGAAGUUGGCGGCCAGCCUGUGGUUGUGGAAGAGUGACAUCGCUUCUCACUUCAGUAACAAGAGGAAGAAGUGUGUCCGAGACUGUGAAAAGUACAAGCCCGGGGUAUUGUUGGGCUUCAACAUGAAAGAGUUAAACAAAGUUAAGCAUGAGAUGGAUUUUGAUGCGGAGUGGCUCUUUGAGAACCACGAUGAAAAGGAUUCCAGAGUCACUGCUAGUAAAACCGCUGACAAAAAGCUCCACCUUGGGAAGGAAGAGGACAGUUCCUCAGAUAGCUUUGAAAAUUUAGAAGAAGAAUCCAAUGAAAGCGGUAGCCCUUUUGACUCUGUUUUUGAAGUGGAGCCUAAAAUCCCUAAUGAUAACCCGGAGGAACACAUACCGAAGGUCAUUGCCGAAGAUGCUUUGGAGUCGGAGGAGAAGCUAGACCAAAAAGAGGAGGAGGAUGGUUCCAAGUACGAAGCGAUUCACUUACCUGAGGAACCUGCCAAGCCAGUGCGCGACGCGUCCGACAGUGACGUCGACCAAGAUGACGUGGAGUGGAAGGAUGGUGCUUCCCCGCUGGAGAGUGGGCCUGGUUCCCAGCAGGCGUCCGACUUCGAGGACAACGCGUGUGAAAUGAAACCAGGUACCUGGUCCGACGACUCUUCCCAGAGUGAGGACGCCAGGAGCAGUAAGCCGGCUGCCCAAAAAAAGGCUCCCAUGCAGGGCGACGGAGAGCAGUUGAAGUGGAAGAAUAGUUCCUAUGGAAAAGUCGAAGGGUUUUGGUCCAAGGACCAGUCGCAGUGGAAGAACGCAUCUGAGAGUGAGGAGCGCUUAUCCAGCCCCCAGAUCGAGUGGCAGAAUAGCACAAUUGACAGCGAGGACGGAGAGCAGUUCGACAACAUGACUGACGGGGUAGCCGAGCCCAUGCAUGGCGGGUUAACUGGAGUCAAACUGAGCAGCCAGCAGGCAUAAGUGUCCGGUUCCCUGGCACCCGGC